AUGACAAGCAGAGAUGAGCAGGCUGGGACUGCAAUAGCAACAGUGGUUGUGGAAGUAGCUUCUUUGCCAGAGGCAGGUCAUGACACCUUCAGCUCCAGAUUCCUUCUAGGUGGUCCUAAGAUGCCCCUGCUACAUUCAGGAGGCCCUGAGGAAGCGGAACAAGAGUUUCUGGAGAAGGUUCGGGCUGUGUUGGGCUCAGUAUCCAGAGGUUAUAGUGUGUCUGUGCUGAUUAGGGGCAGAGAAGCCAAACAACUGGAUCUGGUCCCCCAGCUGCUGGCAAUGCUGUUUGAGGAGAUUCAACCCCCAGAUGCUUCUGAGCCUUCCCUCCGGACCCUAAGUCUAGUACAGCUCAGUUCUAGUGGGAGGGGUCGAGACUUACUAUUACCUGGAGCUAGUGACCUGACUUUGCUGGACGUGUGCCCGCUGGGUCUGGUAGUGGAAGGAGUUAGUGAAGCAGAGAUCCUUGAUUCCAAGUCUGGCUGCCAGCUUUACCUCAAGGCAAUGGAAGGCUUGGACAGGGAUUGCCCCUUAUUGCUGGCACUGGCAGGGAAGGCUUCUAAGGCCCAUAUGGGCUCCUUGCCUUGGAUUGUGACUCGGUUACUCUUCGGGAAUAGUUACAGUAGCCUGCUGCUCCACUUGGAUCCCCAAGCUACCCCAUUGAGCCUGCUCCUGGCCUCACUAUCAGGGCCCGAAGGAGCUCGGGACCCAGCCCAGUUGAAACAGGUUUCUCCUACACUGUGGGAUGCUUCAGAGGAAAUCCAGGCCCGGCGUGCAGCUAUUCAGGACCUGCGCUCUGGGCUCUCUGGAAUUGUUCUACAGGAGACCCAGCUUACCCAGCUCAGCCUGGUACUCAGGGAAUUGAAGGUACUGAAAAACCAAAGCCGGUAUUGGGAGAGUAGGCUGCUCAAGGAAGCUGAAGCCUCUGCACCUAGAUGUCAGAAGCUGCAGGCCCCUGAUGUGGCACUGCAGUUUAAGUUAGCACAGGCCAAUAGGCAGCUGCUCCAAGAACAUCACCGAUCCCAGAUCCAAGAGGAGCUGAGCUGCUUGGGACAGGACGAGGAAAUAGCAGGAGACCAGGUUAGUCCCAGAUAUUUGGGGAAAGAGAAUCAAAGGCAGGAUCAUGCAGCACUGGUCCUACAGCUGGAGACCAUGAAAGUGGAGCGGGAUGCAGCUGAACGGGACCUAGAGGCCCUGUAUGAGCUGCAUGUGCAAGGAGCCCGGGCCCAGACCUGCCACAUGCUGCAGGUGUUCCGGGCUUGUCGGAGGCUGUGGAAGGAGCAGGCUGAUGCCAGGGAGUUCCAUCACCGAAUCCUGCUGGCUAGAGUCUUAGAGGAUGCUGUCUCUCUGGCCACACAGACCCAACAACUCCAAGUCCAGAACAAGCAACUUCAGCAGGGUGAGGACUAUGAGGAGGAACAGUGUAGGUAG